UGCUUUUAUUACCGGUGUAGUGAGCUUCUUGUAAGAAAUGGUGAUUGUAGCCGUUUAUUUCCUGGUCAUCCUGGCUAGUCAUCAAGCCUAUGCACCACCACCUUGCAAUCCAAAUAAAGCAGAUGCAGUUCUGGUGUACUGCUACCCUAACACUAUCAUUACAAGAAUCCCUGAAUGUCCUUAUGGAUGGGAGGUUAAUCAGCUGGCUCUUGGAGGUGUUUGCUACAAUGGAAUCCAUGAUUCAGGAUACUACCAGUUCACAAUCCCAGAUUUAUCACCCAAAAACAAGUCCUACUGUGGGACCCAAUCAGAGUUUAAAAGCCCCCUGUAUCACUUCUAUAAUUCCAUUGUGUCCAACGACACGACCGUGAUUGUGAAGAGCCAGCCUGUGAAUUACUCCUUCACAUGCACUUACCGCGCAAACUACUUGGUGAACCAGGCUGCCUUCGAUCAAAGGGUGGCAACAAUCCAUGUCAAGAAUGGGAGCUCUGGCUCAUUUGAAAGUCAGUUAUCACUCAACUUCUACAGCAAUGCCAAGUUUUCAACUAAGAAAGAAGCUCCAUUUGUUGUGGAAACCUCAGAAAUUGGGUCAGAUGUAUUUGCUGGAGUGGAAGCUAAAGGGUUAAGUGGCAGGUUUAAAGUAGUUCUGAACAACUGCUGGGCAACGCCUACGUCAGAGUAUUUCUACCAAAUCCAGUGGCCGCUGAUUACAAAAGGCUGUCCUACAGAUGACUCCAUUUUAGUACAUGAAAAUGGGAAAGCUGCCCGGGCCACCUUCCAGUUUAAUGCUUUCCGGUUCCGAAAUAUCCCCAAACUAUCCAAGGUUUGGCUGCACUGUGAAACACAUAUAUGUGACAGUGAAAAGUUCUCCUGUCCUGUGACGUGCGAAAAACGAAAACAACGUAUGGAACAAACGGGAGGAGUUUUGGUGGUGGAACUGGCAGUGCGCAGUAAAGGUUUAUCCAGUCUUAGCCACCUCUCAGAUAUUCUCUUUCACCUAAUCUUCAUGAUUGGGAUGUGUGCUGUUCUACUAUAAAACACUGCCCCGCAGCACUACCUAACGUCCCUGUUUGGAACUACACUUUACUACUAAAAAAGAUGUUUAUUUUACUCAGAUAAAAAGAAACUGCAUCAUAUUACAGGGAAAGUAAAUGAUGCGUGCCUUGAUUUUUGUUUCUGUAAUAGUGGGGAAUUAUGAUGCUGAUUUUUCUUUCCUCAACCUUUGCAGCUGUUUGAUAAAAGUCAAAGGUGAGCACUUACAUACGCUGUUGGAUUCUCCCCUUUGAACUGUGGUGGCACAAGGCAACACAUAUACACAGGGAUACAUAUACACCAACCUCACUCCCUCCUUCCCCCCCCAAAAUGAAGUGAAUUAUGCUCCAUUUUAGCCCUACUGUGUGCUACAGGCCUCCCCUUUUCAUUUUAGAUCCUGCAAGAUUCUGAAUGUUUCAGCCCAGCCCAACAAAACUCUUAAAUCCAUGCUUGACUUUAAGUUCAAGAUUGGCCCAAAUGAAGUCAGCAGGGAUACCCAUCUGAUUAAGGGCUUCACUGGAUCAGAUCCAAGUGUUCAGCCCUGAUAGGAUCAAGCCCGUAGCUAUCUUGUACACCCUACCCACCAAGAGCUAAACAAGAUAUGUCCUCCCCUAUUGCCCUCGUGAAAUCAGAAAUAUUGCAUUAACUCGUCCAUGGAACUGCAUUAACUACUAAAAAUGCUUCAAUAAACCAGUAGCUGUAUAUAAUCUACCAUGGCUGCAUACAUAUAUAUCUUGCUAAUUACCAGCAGGGAUCAAAUGCAAGACCAGUUGCACCAAAAGAAUCAAUCCUUACCACUUGGACUAGACAAGAAUUAAAAAUGGGGCAGGGACUGACUAUACGUGUGUCCGGUACAAUGGGGCCUCAUUUCAGUUCAACGGUGCUAUGUAAAUUGUUGUUAAUGGUAGCGACAAAACGAUCAACUUUAAACAAACAGUAUCUGGAAGGUACUGAUCAACCACUGCUAGAGGGAGACAUGAUCUUUCCCUGAGAGUCAGAUGUGUUUCUGGAGUCGUUCUUCAGUGAAAAGUGAUGGAAGGUCCUGUGCUUUGGACAUUUAAAAUCCAUAGAAAGGUCCAGUAGGGGACAAUCCUGCAUUGUGGAAGGAGAUGGAAUGGAUGAU